AUGCUAUUCUCUGUCUUUCUUCCCGUUUUUAUCGCUGCUGUCGUGGCCGAUACCACUUCCCAACAGCCCGAGUCAACUCCAGCCCCUGUCAUCGAGCCUAGUGAUCUCUACAGCGCAAUCAACAACUUCACCGUCAACCCUGGCAGCGUCGUGUCCGCUCUCGAGUCAUGGGUCGUUGAAAUAUUCAGCAUUGAGUUUGCAGAAAUCACUUCUUCUGCAGCGUCCGUUUCCUCGUCCUUGGACCUCCUGCUUUCGACCGCUGACGCCGCCAUUUCCACGUCCAUCAAUUCCCAACUCAGUCUGGUCGCAGCCAAUGUCAGCCGUGCAUCUGUUGCGAUGGAAACUGCGCGAGCAAUUGCCAAUCGGACGUUCUCGCCUACGCCUACCCCAAGCACCAGCACUGGUGGCGUAGCGUGUGAGACUGCUGCUGUGGGAAUUGGUGCUCUGGUUGGCGGCAUGGCUAUCUUGGCGUAUCUUUAA